UUGAAAAGUUAUCGAGUUUCUUUGGAUCAGAACAAUCUCUCUCUGCAACUACUCUCAAUUUUUUUCCGUAUAAACUUUUCUUCUAAAUUUACACAUAAUGCGCCGUUGUUAUUAUCAUUUACGCCAACAGAAAAAUUAAUUAAAAAUAAAUAAACAAACCCAAAUUCAUCAGCAUACAUAUCCAAAUCUCAUCUUCCUCGCGCCAUUCUGGACAACCACGUUUCUCCUACCUGACAUUUUGGUAAAUCUCUAGUACAAGUGCACACUCACAGACCGAUAGCGUGUUUCCGUUGAGACGGCGGCGGUGCCGGUGGUGGUGUUCUGAAGAAAGUUUAUGUUGAGAUUACAGAAAGAGAAAUUUUGAUUUGUGAGGAAGAGUGUAGAUGGGAAAUGUAAACGGGAGAGAAGGAGGAGGAAAUAGGGCUGAUGAAAACGGAUCCAACGGUGAAUCAAUCAUCCAAGCCGCCUAUUCUCAUCAAGCAGCUGCAGUUGUUUCUUCUGAUUCCGUGACUAAUAUUAGCAACAAUAGUAACAAUAUUUACAGUAAUACGACGCCGCCUCACAGCCCUGCUCGUUCCGCUUCUCCUCUUCUGUUCGCUCCUCAGGUUCCUGUAGCUCCCUUGCAGAGGCCUGACGGCCCUCCUUUUCUAAAUCAGAUGUGGAGAAAUGAGUCUCCUAGAGUUGUUGAUCAUCCUUCUGAGCAAGGUAUCCCAACCAUAAUCUCCUGGAACUAUGGUGGCAAUGAAGUGUUUUUGGAAGGAUCUUGGGAUAACUGGAUGUCUAGGAAGCAAUUGCAAAGAUCUGGUAAGGAUCACUCUAUUCUAAUGGUCCUUCCAUCAGGGAUAUACCAUUAUAAGUUCAUUGUAGAUGGGGAGUGGAGAUAUAUUCCAGAUCUUCCUUUUGUAGCUGAUGAGAUGGGCUGUGUUUGUAAUCUUCUUGACGUUAAUAACAAUGUGCCAGAAAACCUAGAUAGCGUGGCUGAAUUUGAGGUUCCACCUUCUCCAGACUCCACUUAUGGUCAGUCAUUUCCGACCGAGGAAGAUUUUGCCAAAGAGCCGUUAGUUGUUCCACAACAGCUACAUCUUACAGUCCUCGAUAUGGAGAAUUCAAAUGAAGAUUCUUCAUCAUCGAAGCCCCAACAUGUUGUGCUCAACCACCUUUUUAUAGAGAAAGGAUGGGCAUCCCAGUCUCUAGUUGCUUUGGGACUGACUCAUAGAUUCCAGUCCAAAUUUGUAACUGUUGUGCUUUAUAAGCCUGUCAAACGGUAGCACCCUCCUUUUUCAAGCUUGUGGGUAAAGAAUAUAUAAUAAUCACUUUUAGAAUCAAGGGCUUUGUGAAUGUUCUCAUGACUUUUUUUAUACUCGCAUGUUUCAUAUGUUGUAGUUUUAAUCUUUAAUUUUACGAGUAUUUUGAACCUUCGAAUGUUCUCUAAUAAGCUGUAGAGCAGGGAAAGAUGAAAUGUGAAUCCCUGGUUGUUUUUGCCUA